GUGAGAUGGAGCAAUCGAUCGGGGCCUGGAAAUGAAGGAGGGGCGCGCCUAGUCUCUGGACAGGGCCUGUGGUGGGGAAGACGUUGUUUGGGGAUUCGGUGGUUUUAUGCCACCGCCAGGCACAGCACCACAGAAACAUCGCGCAUAAACCGCAACGCCUUUCCACAUUCCAGGGUCCUCCUCCAUCUCCAACUCCCCGCGUCUCACGGUUGGCAACUUACAUGUCGCACAGUAGGCUGGUCGGUUCGGUUGAGGUUGAUGAUCCUCGGGAGCUGAUCUCGGGGGAGCAACCCGGGAUUGCUGCGGUAGCAAGCAAACGGAUCUCGCCGGUAUCACCGUCUCGCCCACGAUAUCCACACUUCGGGCCCCGAUUAUUUUCAGCUCCUUUUGAGUUUGGCCACUGUUUCGCUCCACCGGCUUCAGCUGCUUUUAGCAGUCGAAGCUCCCGGCUGGGCAAGCGGCAUUACUCUAGAGAACCCACUGCUAGCUCUUGGCGACAAUGACGGCUUCAUCCAUGAAGCAUCUUCUGAACAAAGCUGUCAGACAUAACUGACUUGGUAGUUAUCUAAGCUAAGUGUCGGCAGGUGUAGGACUGGUCACUAAAUGCUAUUUCCAAAGUCCCUUGGUUUUACCUAUCUGAAGGCACAUAGCCUACUUCUCGACUCUUUGCUGUCUUGAUCUUACUGGAGCCCCUGAACCCGCCAUGGGCAGAACAAAAGUAGCGGUGACUAUUGCUCCUGCAUGGACCCAACGGCGUCACAAGAUGAUAUGGGAUUAGAGGAACAGUGUAGAGGAAGGAGCAACCCUUUGUCUGUUUGCCAGGUCACCGAGUGGCCCCGUGAUGCUCUUCGUUUGAGUCGCUCCAAGGCCCCAUCUCAAAAGAUGGUCGACCAGCUUCCUCCUGGCUAUUCAAGCCAUGACUUUUCCUCUCCUCAACGACUUGCCCUCCAGAAACACAACCAGCCCAUCCAACACCUGCAGAGCAAAACCUCAAGAUGUUCGCCUCUGUCAACACGCUUGCCAUCGGGCUCUUCGCCCUCACCACCUCCUUGACCAGCGCUCAAGGAGGCCCGGGCUUCGAGAAAUUCCACGACUUUUCCAAGACCUGCACCAACAUCACCCUUGAUGGUUACGGUCUUUCAGCUGAUUGCACACCCCUUGACCCCUCCAAGCCUUUGGUCAAAAACCCCGUUACCGUGCUGGACUUCUGCGUUGGUUUCAACGACAUCACUAUGAAGCUCGCGGCCUCCAUAUAUGGCAAGCUCAGCAGAGACUGUGACAAGUGCAUCCUGACUGCCGAUCCUGGGGCUAUUCUGCAGUGCGAGUGCGAGUUCUGGGACACGAACGAGGAGAAGUACGCGAUCAAGAAUGUGACAGGGGAUCUGGACACUGUCUUCACCAACUAUGACGGUACUAUGUCAUGCGUCGGGACUGAAACAGAGAGCACACCCGACGACUGGACCACUACUCUUAUACCCACCGCCUUCCCCACGACUUUACUACCUCGAAUACUGAAAUCAGAACCCAGUCGAAAUGAGAUGGAUUCGGACAUUUGGAAACAAGGGGGCAAAGUUCGGCUGUGCUGGACUCACAUCAACCAGACUGUCUUCGGUGCCUAGGUAGGUAGUUAGGCC